UUGGACUCGUUGAUCGUUGGGCAUGAUGCGUGUCUCGAGGCAUUCUCACCACUUCCACAUCACUAGCGAGCCUGAGGCAUGAAACUCAUGACACCCUUUUUCCCAACUCUGUGACGUAGCUCCUUCAUCGACACAACUGAACACCUUCAUCCUCUCCGUCACAAAGCCCGACGAACUCCAUCUUCAUGAGCCUUUUCUCCACACUGAAAACAAUUCGGACACGGCCUUUCACCUCCUUCAUCGUUGCACCCGUCCGCUCGCACAAGAUGCAUAUCCAAUCAAUCCCCAUGUGGGAGGGCUCUGGCAACAACUAUGCCUAUCUCGUCACCGAUGACAAGACGAAAGACGCGGUCAUCAUCGACCCCGCCAACCCACCAGAGGUGUUGCCGUCGCUGAAGAAGGCGACCGAGCAGGGCAUCAAGAUCACGAACAUCAUCAACACUCACCACCAUCACGAUCACGCUGGAGGCAAUGCUGAAAUUCUCAAAUCCUAUUCGGUUCCGAUCAUCGGCGGGAAGAACUGCGACAAAGUCUCGCACACCCCCAAGCACGGCGAAACAUUUACCAUUGGUGAGGGCAUCAAAGUCAAGGCGCUCCACACCCCGUGCCACACGCAAGACAGCAUCUGCUAUCUCUUCGAAGAUGGCAACGACCGAGUCGUCUUUACGGGCGACACCCUGUUCAUUGGCGGCUGCGGUCGCUUCUUUGAAGGCACGUCGGAGGAGAUGGACACGGCCUUGAACAAGACGCUUGGAAGUCUGCCGGAUGACACCAAGGUCUAUGUCAGUAGCAUCAUGCUCGGCCAACAAGACGUAUCGCAAUCUGACCACACGCAGCCGGGCCAUGAGUACACCAAGGGAAAUGUUAAGUUUGCCGUCACAGUCUCGCAAAGCGAAGCCAUCAAGAAGCUUGAAUCGCUCGUGAACUCCAACAAACAAACCCAAGGCAAAUCGACCAUUGGCGAUGAGAAGAAACACAACGUUUUCAUGUUGCUUGAUGAUCCCACCGUGCAGAAGUACACCGGCAAGACGAACCGCGUGGAUGUGAUGACCGCUUUGCGAGAAGCGAAGAACUCCAUGUAGACAUUGUCACCUCCAAACCGCCAGAGGUAGAUCAAGCAGCAUGCGCAUGUGCAUUCAUCGUCAAAAAUGACCUGAAAUCGUGACUAUCAAUAUCUACACGGCCAUCGUAAUUGCCCGCCUGCCAUCUAUGUCGCCAUGCCGACAUUGCAUCCUGUCAAGGGAAUCCUCGUCGUCUCGCUCUCGUUGUCAUGCUGAUGAUUCGAUGGCUCAUUGAUUGUGCAUCGUGGCGAUGCGCGCGGUGACUGCUUUCGGCGCGACUGAGUGGCAGUGACAUGCCUUCACAUG